AUGAGGUACUUGGUCGCGUGGAUUACCCUGGCCUACCUGCCGUGGCUAGUGGCCUCGCUCGCAUCCACUGAUUCCAUCCAGGAUGCGGACCCCCCGCAAUCGGGUUACUUGCCCAAUCAUAACAUGGAUCCGGCCAUCGUCGCGUCUUCCAGCUUCGGUAUUCUCUGGACCUACAAUUCACCCAACCAUGUAGAGACCUGGUAUGCAAAGGCCUUGACCUUUACACCCUCCGGCUCGACAGAGCAGUUGGUUAUUACCGCGUCAAACAUGAAUAUCGUUCGGGUCAUGGAUGGCAAGAACGGCACCAUCAUUGCUCAACGCCAGUUAACACCGCCAUUCCUCCAGUCUGAUAUUGGCUGUUAUGAUAUCCCCAACUUUAUCGGCAUCACUGGCACUCCCAUCAUCGACCCAAAUACCGAGAUAAUGUAUCUGUUCGCCAAGGGCUACAAAAAUGGUGAUUCUUCUGGCGGUGUCUUGAAUGCACGUUACUAUUUCCACGCCUUGCACCUACCUGAUUUGACCGAAGUCUCUGGCUUCCCGGUCAUGAUCGACGGCCAUUAUGCUGAUAACGAUCACACGCGAUAUUUCCUGGGAGGCACGGCUUUGCAGCGACCAUCCUUGACGUCGCUCAAUGGUGUCGUCAUUGGUGGAUUUGGUGGGCACUGUGAUCUUUUCAACUACACUGGAAUGCUCGUUUCCGUCAGCAAAACUCCUGGUAUCGGGGUCAUCAGUAUUUACGCCAUGGAGGCGGCCCCUGGGGCUCCUGUUCCCCAGCCACUAAACUAUACCGUCCAACAAGGUGGAAAGGCCGGAAUCUGGCAGAGUGGGAUGGGUCUAGCAACGGAUGUCUCGCGCAUCUUCAUUGUGACUGGAAAUGGACAGGGUCAUCAGAAUGACAACUUCCCCGCUAGUUCCCAUUCAGCCCUCUCCACACUGGACGAAGUUGUUGCUGAUUUUGCUAUUUCUUCAUCUGGCUCAUUCUCACUAGGAGGCUACUUUGAACCGUACGAGUACAUUUCUAUGGACGCAGCAGAUCUGGAUCUCGGCUCUGGAGGAACCUGUCUCCUGGAUGGUUCCGUUUUCUACGGAACCGGCGUCAGCCGGAUUGCCGUGGUCGUCGGCAAAAAUGCGAAAGUUUAUGUCUUGAAUGCGAACAAUCUCGGCGGAUACAUGCAGGGACCUGGCGGCACGGAUGAUGUCCUUCAGACCAUUGUUACCACCAAUUCUGUCUUUGGUGGCUCUGGAAGCUACCCGCUCGAAGGGGGUUACUUCUACUUCACACCAAUUGGUGACGGAACCUACGCCUUCAAGUUUGGUACGGAUGCGAAUGGCGUGCCCUUCUUCACCCAGGCCGGCAAGACACUGGUACAAUCGGCUGGUCGAGUUGGAGUUGGUCAGCCUACAAUCACUUCAUACAACGGCCAACAGGGCACCGCCAUUCUCUGGGUGACUGAUGUGGACAACGGCCUUCGCGCUUUCUAUGCAGUCCCAGCGUCCAACGGCACGCUAGUGCAAAUCCCUAUUCCACCAACUGGAGGUAUCCAAAAGUACCAGCGGCCUGCUUUUGGUGAUAGCCGCGUUUACGUCAUGGGUGGCAACAGUAUCACUUGUCUCGGAGCUCCUGUCAACCUUCCUCUGCGUUGCUCUAGCUCGGUGGACUUUGGAUCCUUGGGCAUUGGGCAAACUGAGACACUCACAGUCAAUUGCACCGCACUGAUAGCCAUUACUCAGAUCAACGGCUGCAAUGUCAAUAAUCCUUACUUCGAAUGUAGCAAUGCCAGCAUGCCCAGUGGCAGCCUGGCUGCCGGGCAAAGCUUCUCUUUCCCUGUCACUUGGAACCUGACAAACACAUCGAUCCAAAACGCCCAGGACGUCAGUUACGGUACAGUCAUCCCCGGUGCCAUUACUGGAGCGUUGACUCUAGCUACCACGAACCGGAUUGUUGGAUAUGCAACCUCAGUUCCCCUCUCGCUCACCGGUCGGAUUGUCAGUUCCAAUCCCUUCUUACACAGCACGCCGUCAGAGAUUGACAUGGGAGGCCUGGUUCUCUAUCCCACCGGUACCAGCAGUCUCGCAUCCUCCGUUAUUAUGGGAAAUAUUGGCAGCUCUACCCUGACCUUUACUGGUUUCGCCUGGCAAGACGCUUCCACCAAUGCCACGGAUACAGCCUACCAUAACCUUACACUGUCUGGUUCGAAUUCUGUGAUUGGGAUCGCUUUUACUUCCUCGGCCUUCCCGGUGGUCGGCCAAACUCUGGAUGUGGGUUCUAGUUUGACUGUUCCCUUGACCUUCGAGACGGCAGUUGUUGGGAAGUACGCAAGCUUGCUAACUCUGUGGUCUGACGGCGGCUCCAACACCAUCCUGAUCUCUGCCACUGCCGCUAAUCCUCCUGUAGCCAAUAUCUCUGUCUCAACCAGUGAUGGAGGCUGGGACUAUAGCGUGCCAGUUGCGGUUCACUUCGGUGGCAUCAUCGCCAACACAACAGUGCAAAAGGAGAUCCGUGUCUGCAACCAAGGGGGAUCAGUCUUGACUAUCUCGAGAUCUAAACCUCCUGUUGGUGGGGAACUCACCGCUGUGGCCCCGACCACUGACCUGGCUGAGGGUUCAACGAUCCCCGUCGGAAGCUGUGCGUUUGGUCGAAUUGCUGUCUAUGCUGCGGCGGAACAGCCCAACCACCCAUCCCAGUACCUCAACGCCAGCUGGAGUUUGAACACCGAUGGUUUAGAUGCGUUGAAUCCGACUCAGCCUUUCGGCGUGCGUGACAUUGUCACGGACGUCACACUCACCACCGAGCAAAUCGGCCCCCUUCUCCCCAACGGUACCGCACUGUACCAAUGGGUGGGCUGUUUCCAGGACACCCAUCUAGGGCGGAAUCUGCAGACCAUGGUGAAUAAUUCUACCAUGGAAGCGACCAAUGACAACGAACAGUGCCAGGCGCUGUGCAUGUCCCAGGGAUUCGCGUUAGCUGGCACCGAAUACCAGAUUGAGUGCUGGUGUGGAAAUUCUAUCGCCUACCGCCAAAGCCUCAGCGACGAAUCUGCUGGGUACUGUAACUACCAGUGCCCUGGAAACAAAUCUGAAGGUCAAUCUGCAAAUUUCCCCAUUCUCACCUGUCUCUUCAUCAACUCCCUCCUCAACUCCAUCCUCGACUCCCUCCUCGACUCCCUCCUCGAUUCCCUCCUCGACUCCCUCCUCCACUCCCUCCUCGACUCCCUCCUCGACUCCCUCCUCGACUCCGUCCUCGACUCCCUCCUCGACUCCCUCCUCGAAUCCUUCGUCAACUCCGUUGACUUCUUCGUCAGCUUCCACCCCAGGUACGUUAAAGAAAAAUCUUCUUUUGCGCAUGCUCCUUUUGGUUUACCAAUUUUUGAACCCACCCCCUUAGGCGCUGCGACAGUUUCCCAAUCGGCAACCUCUACCACUUCCAUGUCUCCCUUGAACUCCAAAGAACCAAACAUUGUUUCCUACGGAGCAUACAACUGGACAUAUAUUGGCUGUUACAACGACCUGCUUAACAACAAUCAACGUGUCCUAUCAGGGGCUUCAUUCGCAUAUAAUGGAAUGACUCUGGAGACCUGCGCUAUGAAUUGUUCUACCGGCACCUACGAUGCUAAACCCUUCAACUUUUUCGGCACUGAGUAUGGUCGGGAGUGCUACUGUGGUUACACUUUGAAUACGAGUCUAGUUGCCGUCGAGUCAGACUGCUCCGCGACUUGUAGUGGCAAUGCUCAUGAACUUUGCGGUGCCGGUGCCCGCCUGAGCGUCUACAACAACACUCAAUUCAACCCUCCGCCCCCGAAGCCUGUGCAUGUAUCCAGUGCUGGUGGAUUUAACUGGGUCGAUUGCUACGUCGACAACGCCGCUCGUGUCCUUCUAGGCGCCUCGUACAGCUCCAAUAACAUGACUGUUGAGAAUUGCGCCUCAUUCUGCAACGUCCAAUCUUGGCAGAUGAUGGGCAUUGAAUAUGCGUCGCAAUGCUUCUGUGGCAACGUGACUAACUCGGCGGGGUCUCCUGCAUCGACAACUGAUUGCAAUAUGCUGUGUAGUGGGAAUAAGUUUGAGUACUGCGGUGCUGGAUGGCGUUUAGACUUUUACGCCAAGCCUGGUGCAGGUCUUCCAGCUAACAUCACAACAAUAUCAAGCUCCAGUAUCGCAACCGCGACAUAA